CAUACUGGAGACCCCGUUGAGAGGAUCUCUUCUCUCUAUAAAGACAAGAUGCAGCUCAGGCGUGUGUGAGAUGAUCGCAAGGAUUUAUUGCGCGCCUAUCUGCCUCUAACUUCAGACUGGCACCAAAUGAUCUGGGCUGCUAACCUACUAAAACUAUUCACCGAGUGGGCCGAGGGACAUCUGAUUGACGCAAGGAUUUCCAGCGCACUGUGAUAAAGAGUAGGACACCCGAAUGUGAGCAUCUUUUCCUACCGAGCUGCCAGCUGUAGUUUAGACUUUGUGCGCGUCGCCUCUCGGCGCAGUUUGUGUUGCAGGUGCGGGGAGAGGGAGCGCAAGAACAGAUGGCUGCGCUGACGCUACAAAGGACCGACAACUUUUUGCACACCUUUUUGCAGGAUCGGACACCCAGCUCCUCUCCAGAGGGAGCACCUAACACGCUCUCCUUCCUGGCCACCACCUGUAGCCAGGCCUGGCAGGUGGGAGGCACUAUGGGCUCUGAAGGUUCCCAGUUUCCCUAUGAGGGCACCGUCAGCUCCACAUCAGGAAUGUUUCAGCUCUGGAGCAAUGAUAUAACACCCAGCACACAUCAGAUGACCUUCACAGUGCCAAAGGUUCAGUUCACUGGACACAUGCAGUCUGGCCUGGGUCACCAUCAUCAUCACUCCCAUCACCACCACCAUGAGCUGCCUCUCACUCCUCCAGCUGAACCUCCCUCAUCCUACUCCUUCGAACUGUCCCCUGUUAAAGUGCUGUCUUCACAGCCACAGGCCAGCGGCCCCUAUUAUUCUCAGCACAACAGUGUGGGCCAAAACUUCUCCAACUUUCUCCAGAACUCCUCAUCCAGGCAUCACCUGCCUGGAGGCCAUGUGGAGGAAGGUCAGCAGUGGUGGAGCCUACCCCAAACCAGUGCCACCCCUUCCAACCAUCCCUUCUCCCUGGGCAGACAACUGGUUUUGGGCCACCAGCCUCAGAUAGCUGCUCUUCUCCAGGGUACCUCUAAAGGCUUGCUGAGUUCCACACGCCGCUGCAGACGCUGCAAAUGCCCGAACUGCCAGGCAAAUGGAGGGGGAUUAGAGUUUGGAAAGAAGAGAUUGCAUAUCUGCCACAUCCCGGAGUGCGGCAAAGUAUACAAGAAGACCUCUCACCUGAAGGCACAUCUGCGCUGGCAUGCCGGGGAGAGGCCCUUCAUCUGUAACUGGCUCUUCUGUGGUAAAAGCUUCACCCGCUCAGACGAGCUGCAGCGACACCUCCGCACACACACUGGGGAGAAACGCUUUGGGUGCCAGCAAUGUGGUAAGAGGUUCAUGAGGAGCGACCACCUCUCCAAACAUGUCAAGACCCAUCAAACCAGGAAGGCCCGGUCUGGGCAGCCUUCUCAGAGCACGGACCCUCUGCUCAACAAUAUCAAAAGAGAGUAAUCGUUGUGGUCCAUCAUUUAAAAAUAAUUAUCAACAGUGAACAGACUGUGACUUAGGCUUACUGCCAUAGGUUUGCACUAGAGGGUAAGCAUCAAGCUCCCCGAACAUCUUCUCCUGUCAAAGUCUUACUUUUGACAUCAACAAGUACCAUAAAAAUAUAUUUACAGACCAUUUUUAAUAAAAUUAUUUGUGUGCUGUUUGAGGCACCUUUAAAGAAAACUUGAAUCUUUUUCCAGUAAUAUUGUGAGUUUUGUUGCAUUCAAGAUGCCACGAACUGAUUUCAUUUGGAGCAAAACUCAUAGCAAUUUGUCUGAAUUUCAGCUAAUAUAAAAAUUGACAUUUUUUAAAGCUGAAUUGUGUAAAUAAUUUACCAUGAUAAUAAUGGAGUGGAUAUGAGUAAGAUUUAACAGGGUUUACCCUAAUAUGUUGUCCAUUUAUAAAAUAAACGUAUAUGUCUUACUGCAGCUAAAGGUCGCCAAAUAAAAAUGAUAAUUUCUGCUCACAGUCAGUUUCAGAAUAGAAAAAUCCCUGUGCUCCUGUUGGUAAUUAGGUUUAUAUUCUAAAACAUAUCCUAAU